AUGACACCGCGACGUUUGGCGCUCGUAUUUCCUGGCCAAGGUAGUCAACGCGUAGGUAUGUGCAAGGACUUGCUAGCCGAUUGGCCUCGUAUUGUUGGCGACGUGCUGGAGGAGGCCAGUGAGGCCACGGGCCUCAAUUUAAAGCGCCGAAUGACGGAAGGUCCGAAUGAUGAGCUCACGUCCACCCAUGUCGCUCAGCCGGCGCUGCUGUCAAUGUCUAUGGCGGUACUACGUGUUUUGCAGCACGAAGUGGAGCUACCAUCAAUUCGCUUCACUCUGGGUCAUUCACUAGGCGAAUAUUCAGCGCUGGUGGCAGGUGAAGCCAUCAAAUUUGCAGAUGCUGCUCAUCUUGUUUAUUUUCGUGGAUUGGCAAUGCAGCGAGCUGUAGCUCCAGGCGUAGGCGCUAUGGCUGCUCUGCAACCUGUGUGUCCCAAGGAUGCUGAGACGCUUUGUCACGAGGCUGCAUUACAGACGGGAAAAGUCUGUCAAGUGGCCAAUUACAAUUCGAUCAAGCAGACAGUUAUUAGUGGUGAUGCUCGGACUGUGAAGGUUGCCAUUGCUCAAGCCAAAGCCACCGAGAAAGCACGACGUGCUGUGUUGCUAAAUGUUAGUGCUCCGUUUCACUGCGCACUGAUGGAACCUGCUAAAUUAGAGCUGCACGAGCAGCUUAAGCAAUUACUAUCCGACAAUAAAUUACAUAAACCGAAGGUGCCUGUAGUGUGGAACGUCGAAGGGAGGGCGACGACGAAGUCACCUGAUGAGAUUGCUGAAGUAUUGAAGAAGCAGGUAGUGCAUGCCGUUCGCUGGAGUGAUAGCAUCGAUUAUUGCGUGGCGAAGGGAGUAAAUGAAUUUUUGGAAUUGGGCGUAGGCGGCGUGCUUACUGGCCUAAUCCGACAACACUUGGGCAAAGGCGACGUGACGACCACCAGCUGUGGUACCACCGACGACAUCAAAGCGUUUUUAAAGACAUCGCAGCAAUGA